AUGCAAGAGACUCCUUCGAUCCGCGUUUUGGGAGAGGGCCGACGCCGCUCAUAUUCUCUGCUGCUAUUUUCUGAUGUUUGGCGACCUGAUGCAAGUUCUUCCCAGGUGUCUAUAUCUACCGGGUCUAUAUCUACCGGGUCUAAACUACCGGAUCUAUAUCUAACGGGUCUGUAUCUACCGGGUCUGUAUCUAUCAGGUCUAUAUCUAGCGGGUCUGUCUAUAUCUACCGGGUCUGUAUCUACCGGGUCUAUAUCUACCGGGUCUAAACUACCGGGUCUAUAUCUACCGGGUCUAUAUCUACCGGGUCUGUAUCUACCGGGUCUGUAUCUAACGGGUCUAUAUCUACCGGGUCUAAACUACCGGGUAUAUAUCUACCGGGUCUAUCUCUACCGGGCCUGUAUCUACCAGGUCUGUAUCUAUCGGGUCUGUAUUUACCGGGUCUAUAUCUACCGGGUCUAUAUCUACCGGGUCUGUAUCUACCGAGCCUGUAUCUACCGGGUCUAUAUCUACCGGGUCUAUAUCUACCGGGUCUAUAUCUACCGGGUCUGUUUACUGGGUCUAUAUCUACCGAGAGUAACAGCAAAAUUGUCCAAUUGUUAG